GCUGAACGAAGCCGUGUUUAACCUACAACAGCACAAACUUGGAGGAUGUCAGCUGUGAUCGGGUUUCUUCUCAUCUUCCUUUCAAAUCAAGCCAGCAGUGUGAUCUUUCAGCCAUCUCACCCAAGAAUAGUCACUGAAACAGCCAAUGUUAAAAUUGCAUGCAGUCAUGAUGAUAAUGGCCUCAAUUUAAUGCUUUGGUACCAGCAAAAAGAAAAUGGUUUAAUGAGCUUCAUAGGAUACAGCUACAUAGGCAGUGUCGCUGUCAUUGAGGAGCAGUUUGAAAAUCACUUUGAGAUUACAAGAGAAAAUAUCCAAACAGGAGCUCUGAGCAUCAGCAGCGUGAUUGUAUCAGACUCAGCUGUGUACUUCUGUGCUGCCAAUUUCUCCCGGGGUGUUAAAAUUGACCAGCCUCAAUUCAUUUCAAGCAGUAAAGGAUCUGCAUUUGUGACUCUGAAAUGUGAACAUGAUGACAGACAACAUUACUACAUGUACUGGUACAAACAAAGCAGCAGUGGGAAACUGGAGUUAGUGGCAUAUUCUACUGGUCAAGAUAACUCGUUCAUUGAAGCGCCUUUUGAAAAAAUGAAGUACACCAUGUCUCGGCGUUCUGUACUUAACUCCACUCUGCAGCUACACCUUGUUGAGCCUGAAGACACGGCUCUGUACUACUGUGCUUCUAGUAAAACACAGUGGUUCAGGAAGCCUGAGCAGCUAAACAACAACCUCGUUUGCUGUGAAAGCAGUUUAUUGUGUGAUUUCACAUAUCUACAUUUAGGUUUACUUUCUAGAAUGCCUCCAGCUCUGUACACAUUUGGAUUUAUACUCGUGGUCCUUACAAGAAAAGUGGAGAGUGUUACCUUUGAACAGUCGUCUGCUCAAGUUGUGAACAAAGGGACUGAGGAGCUCAGGAUUAACUGCAGUCAUGAUGGCAACAGCUUACAAGUAAUGCUGUGGUACCAGCACAAGCAGAGUGAUCAGGCAAUGAGCCUCAUUGGGUACACAGUACCCCAGAGUAAACCAAACUAUGAGAGCCAGUUCACAGACCGGUUUGAGAUAAAAAGAGACAACACAGUGAAAGGCUCUCUGAUCAUCAAAAGCCUUAAUCUGUCAGACUCAGCUGUGUAUUUCUGUGCUGCCAGCACACGGAAGUACACCAUGUCUCGGCCUUCCUUGCUUAACUCCACUCUGUAUAUAUACCCCGUUGAGCCUGAAGACACGGCUCUGUACUACUGUGCUUCUAGUAGAACACAGUGGUUCAGGAAGAAUGAGGAGCUAAACAACAACCUCGGAAAAGUGGAGAGUGUUACCUUUGAACAGUCGUCUGCUCAAGUUGUGAACAAAGGGACUGAGGAGCUCAGGAUUAACUGCAGUCAUGAUGGCAACAGCUUACAAGUAAUGCUGUGGUACCAGCACAAGCAGAGUGAUCAGGCGAUGAGCCUCAUUGGGUACACAGUGCUUAUGGGUCUGACUGUUGUUGUUCUUCAGUCUGAAGAUCAAACGUCUGACCCAGGGAGAACAUUGAUGCUGGAGUGCAAAAUGGGUUCAGGGUUCAGCAUGAGUGGCUACACCAUGCUCUGGUACAGACAGAACCACCACGGAGCUCCAAUCGAGUUCCUUGUAAAAGAAUAUGAUAAACCUGUGGGACGCUUAGAGUCAUUUCUCGAUGCAUCCAAAAACCUCUUCUCUCUACAAAUAACUGAGCUGCAUAUCAAUGACAGCAGCACCUACUACUGCCUACAGCGUGACUCUGGAGCUGAAGCUUACUUUGGAAAAGGAACAAAACUCACUGUUUUAGAAGAAAACAGUAAAAUCACUCCACCACAAGAAGUAAAAAUACUGAGACCUUCAAAACAUGAGUGCAGAAACAGCAAAGACAAAAAAAGGAAGAAGACCCUCGUCUGUGUGGCCUCUGGUUUCUACCCUGACCAUGUCAAAGUGGAUUGGUAUUUGAAUGAGAAAACAGUUACUGAUGGUGUGGCAACAGAUGAAGCUGCACGUGAAGAAAAAAAUGACAAAGACGAGCUCGUGUAUAAAAUCACCAGCAGGCUGAGAGUCUAUGCCAAACAAUGGGAAAAUCCUGACAAUGUCUUUAAAUGCACUGUCAAAUUCUUCAAUGGCACUGUAUAUACAGAUUAUUCAGAUUUUAUUGACGGAGUUACGGGUAAAUUCUUGUGGAACUUAAUCGUCUUGCUCUUAUAUGCACAUAUUAUAUGCAAAUCUUUUAAUAUUUCAGUCAUCUGUUGUGAACUAAUAAUUUCUUCUUUUUCAAACAAGAAGUAUUUGACAGUUACACAAAAUUUCAAGGUCAUCUACAGCGUGCUUACUGUCAAGAGCUGUGCCUAUGGAGCUUUCGUUGGAUUUUUGGUGUGGAAGCUUCAGCGUUUUGGUGGAAAGCAGAAGUACUGAGAGCUGAGCUGAAGCCUCAAAAAAUAACUCUGGGACAUGAGUUACCUUGCUCUCUGUAAAUAUCGUUCACAAACAGUCUAUUGUUAAAGUGCACACUGUUAAUCGCCUGUUCAAGUUCUGCUGUGGAUUUUUAUGUGCUUAUUUGUCUUUAUAUAAUUAAUAACUGCCUUUCAAAUAGACUGAUGUCAAUUUUCUUUAGACACAAAGAGAUUUCUGUUUGUAACUUCAUUUUCUUCUUAAUAAAAGUACGUUAGAUUA